GAAGUUUUGGCACAGUGAACAAAAAACGUUGGCUUAUUAAACAUCGUAGCUGUCCUGUAGUAUCCAGGCUUUUCCAGGUCGCCACAUUGGGCAUUCUAACAUAAAAAGAGGGACCCAUCCUGCAAUGUCAAAAAAUGACAAUAAAGGGACAUUAGGUAGAGGUCCAGUGAAAUUGCCAGUGAUGCAGAGUUCAGAUGAUGGUCUUCCUGACUGGUUUCAUGGAAUUAUGUCACGGAGAGAUUGUGAAGAACUUCUGAAAAACAAGGAUAUAGGAUACUUCAUUAUCAGAUUAAGCCAGAGAACCUUUGGCUACAUUCUGUCAUACAAAGGGAAAGACAGAUGUCGACAUUUUAUUAUAAACCAGUUGUCAAGUGGAGAAUUGGUAGUUUCAGGGGAUUCUCAUUCCCAUGCCAGUUUGCCUGCUCUGAUUUCCUAUUACCAAAAUACACCUAUUGAGCCCUAUGGAGAGAAGCUGUCACUGUCUUAUAUUCAGUUUUCUGAAAAUGACAAGUAUGACAAAAUUCAGAGACCAAAUUCGAAGAUAGAAAAAUCAGUUUCUCAAAAUAAAACAGGAAUUCCUAAAAUCAAAGGUGGCAAUAACCCAAUUGGACAAAAUAAGCAAACCAUGACCAAUGCCCAGGACACUGCACCACCAUUGCCGGAGAGAAGCGGUUGUAUAAAUGAAGAUGAUGAUAAUGAGCUAAUCUAUGCAAAGCCUAGAAAAGAGGCCAAUGGAAAUAGUAAUAAAGAUGUCCAUUAUUCUCUCGUAAAAGACACGCAAAUCAAUCAGAAGAAUGUCAUAAAGAUGAAUCCCCAAAAUGUGGUUUAUUCUGAAGUUAAGACAGACCAUAGUGUGCCUUCAGCCCUGGGGCACUUGCAUGGUUCAUCACAGUCCUUUGGUCCAGAAGCAGUUAAACUAGCAAUGGACCCUAGAAAUCCCAGCCUGAUCUCCAGCUUGAACGAACUGUCAGAAUGUGAGGUUAUGGAGAUGAGGUUUGCAACCUCUAUUCAGACAGUUAACAGUAAAACAAUGAGUGGUCCAUUCUUACAUUCUAGGGCUGAAUGUCCCAGCAGCUCGUUUUUGUUUCAGACUGCGGUAUCUGACCCAGAGGCUGAAGACACCUAUGCAGAAGUGCCCUUCGGAAAGCCCUCCUACACAAAUGAGUACCAUACAGUGGACAAGAUAUCAAACUACUCUAUGUGCACUACAAAUACUUUUGAUCAUAUUUCCACACAUACAUCCAAAGAAGUUACUUCUAGAGGAUUUCACAAGAAAGUGGCCCAUGCGAGUGCAGCACAAGACAAUCUAUAUGAAACUGUAUCCAGAGAUUUCACAACGCUGGCUGUGAGAAAACAGAAUGUUGCUAAGGUUGAGAAACCAAAAAGAUUGUUUUUUGGAGACAAGAAGAAAUAACACCUUCUUCUGAAGCGGAAUUAUAAACUUUAGAGAAAAGAUGAACCACCUCUACAUGACUGUAUCCUGUUUGUCUUUAGUGAUACAUGUUUCAAAUAUUAGGAAAUUGACUUCAGAAAAUAAAGACAAAAACACAUAGAAACAACGCUUAAUGGACAAAUAGCUAAAAAUAGGAGAUAGCUAUUAUAAUAUAAGCUGCAAAACACAGGUAUGCAUCACAUCUGCUUAUUUACAGCAUUAAAGUGCAACAUAUUUAAGGGUUAAAUAAAUUCCCCCAUAAUUUCACUGCAAGAACCUAUAAACAUCUGAGGUGCAAGGUGGCUGCGGCAUUAUGGUAAAUGUAUCAUAAUCCUAUGAUAUUGUGGAUAAGACAAGCAAAAUUGUGGGACCUCAAUGUAAGAAUCCCAUGCUGCUUGGGACAUCUGCAAUAUUUUAUAUCUUGUUUGUCCUACAGAAGUUGUGCAAACGAAUUAACAAAUAGGUGUUGCCCUGCAUAUGUCUUAGGUAUAUGGUGCAUGCUUUUACAGUGCAGGUGAUGUCCACACUACAUAAACUGGAUCAUUUCCUUUCCCCCCCAGCAUUUACUUUGUAUUGUACUGUAGAACAUGUGUAGUAUGUAAACACUGAAUUCCUGUAAA